GAGUCUGCGCACAAGCAAGCAAGCAAGCAAGCAGGUCCUGCCAUGUAAACGAUCCUCGGCCCCACGAAAAGACAGCAACCUGUUGAACAACCUAACGUGUAUCUGUUUAAUUUGUUAAAAAGGCAAAAUGAGGGCAGUUCCUACGUGGAUUGACAAAGUACAUGAUCGCGACAAAGUUGAGCAAUGUAUCUACGACCUUGCCUUCAAACCAGAUGGCAGCCAGCUUAUUGUGGCAGCUGGGAAUCGUGUUUUGGUGUAUGACACAUCAGAUGGAACUCUCAUUCAGCCUCUGAAAGGACACAAGGACACAGUGUACUGUGUUGCCUACGCCAAAGAUGGGAAACGGUUUGCCUCAGGUUCUGCUGACAAAAGCAUCAUCAUCUGGACAUCUAAACUGGAGGGUAUUUUGAAAUAUACACAUAAUGACUCCAUCCAGUGUGUUGCCUACAACCCAGUCAGCCACCAGCUGGCCUCCUGCUCCUCUGGGGACUUUGGUCUGUGGUCCCCAGAACAGAAAUCUGUAUCCAAGCACAAAGUCAACAGCAAGAUAACAUGUUGUGGGUGGACCAACGACGGUCAGUACCUGGCCCUGGGCAUGAUGAACGGGGUGGUGAGCAUCAGGAAUAAGAACGGAGAGGAGAAGGUGAAAAUAGAGCGACCAGGAGGAUCCUCCUCUCCUAUCUGGUCCAUCGCAUGGAACCCCUCCAAGGAUGAGCACAAUGACAUCCUGGCUGUGGCAGACUGGGGGCAGAAGCUAUCCUUCUACCAGCUCAGUGGAAAACAGAUUGGGAAGGACAGAACUCUGACCUAUGACCCCUGCUGUGUCAGCUACUUCUCCAAGGGGGAGUACAUUGUGAUGGGUGGCUCGGACAAGCAGGCCUCCCUCUACACCAAAGAUGGGGUGCGGCUCGGCACCAUCGGGGAGCAGAGCUCCUGGGUGUGGACCUGUAGAGUCAAACCUGACUCCAACUAUGUGGUUUUGGGCUGCCAGGAUGGGACCAUAGCCUUCUUCCAGCUCAUCUUCAGCACGGUGCACGGCCUGUACAAGGACCGCUAUGCCUACAGAGACAGCAUGACCGAUGUCAUCGUCCAGCACCUCAUCACUGAACAGAAAGUGAGGAUCAAGUGCAGAGAGCUUGUGAAGAAGAUAGCUAUCUACAGGAACCGCCUGGCCAUCCAGCUGCCUGAGAAGAUCCUCAUCUACGAGCUGUACUCUGACGACUCCUCGGACAUGCACUACCGCAUCAAGGAGAAGAUCUGCAGAAAGUUUGAGUGCAACCUGCUCGUGGUCUGCUCCCAGCACAUCAUCCUGUGUCAGGAGAAGAGGCUGCAGUGUCUGUCCUUCACCAGUAUCAAGGAGAAGGAGUGGCUUAUGGAGUCUCUGAUUCGCUACAUCAAAGUGAUUGGUGGCCCACCGGGCAGAGAGGGCCUACUGGUGGGGCUGAAGAAUGGAGCGAUCCUAAAGAUCUUUGUUGACAACCCAUUUGCCAUCACUCUGCUGAAGCAGUCUACGUCUGUGCGUUGUCUGGACAUGAGUACAUCCCGCAGCAAGCUGGCCGUGGUGGACGAACACAACACCUGCCUGGUUUAUGACAUCCACACCAAGGAGCUGCUCUUCCAGGAGCCCAAUGCUAACAGCGUAGCCUGGAACACCCAGUGUGAGGACAUGCUGUGUUUCUCAGGCAGUGGCUACCUCAACAUCAAGGCCAGUAACUUCCCAGUGCAUCAGCAGAAGCUGCAGGGCUUCGUGGUGGGCUACAACGGCUCCAAGAUCUUCUGCCUGCACGUGUACUCCAUGUCCGCCGUGGAGGUGCCUCAGUCGGCUCCCAUGUACCAGUAUCUGGAGAGGAGGAUGUUCAAGGAGGCCUAUCAGAUCGCCUGCCUGGGUGUGACUGACAGUGACUGGAGGGAUCUGGCCACGGAAGCACUGGAGGGCCUCGACUUUGACACCUCUAAGAAGGCAUUCAUCAGAGUACGAGACCUGCGCUACCUGGAGCUCAUCAACAGCAUUGAGGAGAGGAAGAAGAGAGGUGAGAGCGACACUGAGCUGUUCCUUGCGGAUGUCUAUGCCUACCAGGGGAAAUUCCACGAGGCUGCCAGGCUCUACAAGAGGACUGGCUUGGACUCCAGAGCUCUCAGCAUGUACACGGACCUGCGCAUGUUUGAGUACGCUAAGGAGUUUGUGGGCGCGGCAGACCCUAAAAACACUCGCAUGCUGAUGUCCAAGCAGGCCGACUGGGCUAAGAACAGCAAGGAGCCGCGGGCCGCUGCUCAGAUGUACCUGACUGCAGGAGAACACCUCAAAGCCAUCGACAUCAUAGGAGAACACGGCUGGGUCGACAUGCUGAUUGACAUAGCCCGUAAGCUGGAUAAGGCGGAGCGCGAACCACUGGCUAAGUGUGCGGCCUAUUUCCAGAAGCUGAAGCACCAUGGUUAUGCCUCGGAGACCUACUCCAAGAUGGGAGACCUGCAGGCCCUGGUGCAUCUGCACGUGGAGGCACGACACUGGGAUGAGGCCUUCGCUCUGGUGGAGAAACAUGCCCAGUUUAAAGAUGACGUCUAUGUGCCCUACGCUCAGUGGCUGGCUGAGAACGACCGCUUUGAGGAGGCACAGAAAGCUUUCCACAAGGCGGGCCGACAGAGUGAGGCUGUGAAGGUGUUGGAACAGCUUACCCACAAUGCCGUGGUGGAGAGCAGGUUCAAUGACGCAGCAUAUUAUUACUGGAUGCUCUCUAUGCAGUGUCUGGACAUCGCUAGGGAAAACGAGGAGAGGAAGGAGGAGAUGCUGAAGAAGUUCAAGCGUUUCCAGCACCUGGCUGAGCUCUACCAUGUUUACCACUCAAUACAGCGUUACACAGUAAGAUGCUCACCACAGCUGAAGGAUGAACCCUUUAGCUCCCAUAUGCCUGAGACGCUCUUUAACAUCUCCAGGUACCUCCUACACAACCUCACCAAGGACGUGCCACUGGGCAUCUCCAAGGUUAACACUCUUUAUGCGUUGGCCAAGCAGAGCAGAACCCUGGGAGCGUUUAAACUAGCCAGACAUGCCUAUGAGAAGCUCCAGGAACUCCACGUUCCCUCUCGCUUCCAGGAGUCAAUGGAUCUGGGCAGCCUUACCGUCCGCUCCAAACCAUACCACGACAAUGAGGACCUGAUCCCCAUGUGUUACCGCUGCUCCACCAACAACCCCCUGCUGAACAGCCAGGGCAGUGUGUGUAUCAACUGCAAACAGCCCUUCAUCUAUUCAGCAUCUUCAUACGAGGUCCUUCCUCUGGUGCAGUUCUAUCUGGACAAGGGUAUCGGUGAUGAGGAGGCUGUGUCUCUCAUUGACCUGGAAGUCCCUUGCAUUGACAGGAAGGCUGCUCGCUGGCAGGAGAUGAGCAGUGGGGAGUCCCAGUCUCUGAAGCUGGAUGAUGGCACAGAAGACACAGAGGAGGACCCCUUCAUGGCCAAACUCAGCUUUGAGCAGGGGGGCUCUGACUUUGUCCCGGUGGUGGUGAGUCGCUCCGUGCUGAGGUCUAUGAGCAGGAGGGAUGUCCUGAUUAAGCGCUGGCCCAAACCCCUGCACUGGGAGUACUACCGUUCCUUAUUGCCUGAUGUCAGCAUCACCAUGUGCCCCUCCUGCUUCCAGAUGUUCCACAGUGAAGACUAUGAGCUGCUUGUGCUUCAGCACAACUGCUGUCCCUACUGCCGUCGGCCCAUCGAUGAACCCAACUGACCUCCCCAAACUGGUCUAGAAUCAAGUCAUCCAUCUCGCUAUUAUUCACAUCUUCAGUUUCACUCUUGCUCUUCUGAGUAAUGUUCCGCCCAUAUGAUGGCAGGCCAAAAACCUCAUGGACGUUAUUUCAGGGAUGGGAUUAUGAAGAUCAUUAUAGUCCGCAGCAAAAGUGAAUCUUCAGAUGAACAACCCUAUAGAAUGAACAGGAUGAGGUCACACAGAUUUACCAAUGAACUCUUCUGUCUAGAAAAACGUAUAAAAAAAACGUAUUUUAAUUCACUGGUAUUUAUUGCUGCUGUUAGAUGAUGUGUACUUGGACUCUCUAGCAUUCUUAAAGAGUUGAAUGUAUUGUAUUUUUAUAUUAUUAAAGUCAAAUGUUUUUUUUAAAUGAAAGGUUUAAAAUUC